AUGGAAGUAGAUCCUGCACAGAAUCCUACUUCACCUUUUUACUUGCAUCCGUCUAAUAAUCCUGGUCAGAAACUAGUGAAUUUCAAGUUUAAUGGAAAUAGUUAUGCAGAUUGGAAAUGUUCAAUGUUGAUUAGCUUAUCAGCUAAGAAUAAGCUUGGAUUUGUUGAUGGAAGUUUGAUUAAACCUGCUGUAACUAGUGAUACUUGCCUUUCUUGGGAGAGCACAGCUAGGGAGAUAUGGUUGAAUUUGGAGGAAAGAUAUUGUCAAUCCUCUGGAGCUUUGUUGUAUUAUUUGCAACAAGCCUUACAUGAGAUUAAGCAAGAUCAUGACAAUAUCUCAGGUUUUUACACCAAGAUAAAAAUGAUGUGGGAUCAGUUGGAUGUAAUUGACCCAAUUCCUAUGUGCUCUUGCAUCAACUGCAACUGUAACAUCACUCAAAGAUUGCUCAAGUCACAGCAGGACAGAAGAUUGGUUGAGUUCUUAAUGAAGCUAAAUGAUAGUUUUGAGGUGGUCAGAGGAAGUAUACUGAUGUUCAGCCCUUUGCCUAACAUUUCACAUGCUUACAGACUCCUUGUACAAGAGGAAAAUCACAAACAGCUAUACCAGACACAUGCUACUUCAAACGAAUCUAUGGCUUUUGCUGUGAACAAUAGGAAAUACUAUGAACAAGAUAAAAACAGACAAAGUUAUCACAACUACGGAAACAAUGAUCAGAGAAGAGUCAACUAUUAUUGUGAUCACUGUAAGAUCCCAGGGCAUAGUAUUCAGAGUUGCUAUAAGCUUAAAGGAUAUACUCAGAGUAAAUAUCUUGAUAAGGGUAAAAGAGUGGCUGCAAAUGCAGAAUUCAUUGAUCAUGAGGAAAAAGAGAAUUAA